CGGAGAUGAAAUUCCCGGCGUCGGUGUUGGCGUCCGUGUUCCUGUUCGUGGCCGAGACCACGGCGGCGCUCUACCUGAGCAGCACCUACCGCUCGGCCGGGGACCGUAUAUGGCAGUCGCUGACGCUGCUUUUCUCGCUGAUGCCCUGCGCGCUAGUACAGCUCACGCUCCUCUUCGUCCACCGCGACUUCAGCCGAGAUCGCCCGCUCGUGCUGCUGCUCCACCUGCUGCAACUCGGACCCCUCUUCAGGUGUUUUGAAGUCUUCUGCAUCUACUGUCAGUCCAACCACAAUGAAGAGCCUUAUGUCAGCAUCACCAAGAAACGGCAGAUGCCAAAAGAUGGUCUCUCAGAGGAGAUUGAGAAAGAGGUGGGACAGGCAGAAGGCAAGCUGUUCACCCACCGCUCUGCAUUCAGUCGAGCAUCUGUGAUCCAGGCUUUCCUGGGCUCUGCACCCCAACUAACCCUACAACUAUAUAUCAGCGUCUUACAACAAACCGCCACCAUAGGAAGAUGUUUCAUCAUGGCUUUGUCCCUGUUGUCCAUUGUGUAUGGAGCCUUACGUUGCAACAUCCUAGCCAUCAAAAUCAAGUAUGACGAGUAUGAGGUCAAAGUGAAGGUUCUGGCCUAUGUCUGUAUCUUCCUUUGGAGAAGCUUUGAGAUUGCCACUCGGGUCAUCGUCCUGGUCCUCUUUACCUCUGUCUUGAAGAUCUGGGUGGUGAUUGUCAUACUUGUCAACUUCUUCAGCUUCUUUUUAUACCCAUGGAUCCUUUUCUGGUGCAGUGGCUCCCCAUUUCCUGAGAACAUAGAGAAGGCCCUAAGUAGGGUGGGCACCACCAUAGUACUCUGCUUCCUCACAUUACUCUAUGCUGGUAUCAACAUGUUCUGCUGGUCAGCUGUACAGCUGAAAAUUGACAACCCUGACCUCAUAAGCAAAUCCCAAAACUGGUAUGGUCUGCUGAUAUACUACAUGAUGAGAUUUUUGGAAAAUGCUGUCCUCCUGCUCCUGUGGUAUUUUUUCAAAACUGACAUAUAUGUGUAUGUGUGUGCACCUCUGUUGAUUCUUCAGUUGCUCAUUGGAUACUGCACAGCCAUUCUCUUCAUGCUUGUGUUCUAUCAGUUCUUCCACCCUUGCAAAAAGCUCUUCUCGUCCAGUGUUUCCGAAAGCAUCAGGUCAUGUCUCAGGUGUGUCUGUUGGGCCUGCAUGCGACAGAAGUCCACUGAAUCUGUAGAAAAGGCAGAGACAUACCUGAAGUCAUCCACAGAACAAGAUGCGACACCAUCUACUAGUAAAAUAAGUCCUGAGCCCACUGAGAUGUGGAGUGCUAUCGAUUUGCACUCUGCUUAAUGAAACUUGAGAUUUCUUGUGGCAUAGGCAUGUUGUUUUUUAGGUUAAAACCUCUUCUUUAUAAAUAUAAUGAGGUCUGCACAGGGAAUAAGGCAGGAAGCUAACUCCUUGUGAGCUGCUGCUUUUUAACAAGCUGUUCAGUUUAAGAGAGCUAUGGAGAGAAGCCAGGGAAACAUGAGUAUUUAAGAGGCAGCCUAAUAGCCCACAGUUCCUGGGUAACUGUGUAAUGAAUGGUGUGUUGGCCUUCUCAUUGGCACAGUAGCCUUGAUACCUCAAAUGGGUUAGUCAGAUUAGGUAGAAUGAGGUAGUAAGGCUUACUCGUUUUCUAGUUUUCUGAACUAUUGGUCUCAGUAGCCUGAUGACUUGCUGUUUCUGAACAUAGUUUUCACACAAGUCAUCAUGAUGAACAGAGAUUACUGGGUUUUGCCAUCAGCAGCCUCAUUCCUGUCACAGCUUACUGGGAGGGCUGAUUAAGUUUUUUUUAAGUAGAUAUGUGUUCCAUUUUCAUAUUACUAGGGAGUUUGUACAUAACCAACUGUAUCCAGUCUGGCAUGCUAUCUGUGAUUCAGUUUGGUUAUGGAAGCUCUAGAACUUUUGGGGAAUUGUUUUCAUUCCAUAUGUCAAAGAAAUUGUGCAUCAAGAGAGUUAUUAGAACAUCAAAGUGAUGGAAUCUUAUGAACAUAGAAUUGUUAAUUUGCUAGAAUUUUUGAAGAUGUGAAUCAGAAGGUAGGCUUUAAAUCUUCUCAAAGCUCAGUUGGCCUUACAGUCUUAGGAAAUUUUAGUCAUAUUUGUUAAAGUUCACCUUUUUAGGAAAGAUGAAAAUAAAACUCAUAACCUUCACCUGUGCUUCCCUCUUCCUUGCUUAUCAUCAAGGUUUUAGAUAACAGUUAUCUCAAUUUGUUUUUUGAGAAAGCCCUAUAGAAAUCUCUCACUUGAUGCAUGUAUAAUAGGACAUUUGAAUUUUCAUUAUUUGAAGAGAAAGACUUUCCCUCACCAUCAUGCUGGUUAGAUAUUGACUUCAGAAAUAUUUUAAAUUAUAGAAAGCAAUGAACAGAUUUUUGGUUUUAUUUGUGAAACACAUUUCACUUUAACAUAGUUGUGAGUUACUUUUUGUACUCUAUUGUCAUCUGGACAAUUUCUUGUUUAAUUUGGAACUCUGUUUUAUUAAUAAGUGUUGUAUAGCAUAUUCUCAGUUGUCUUGGAAAAAUGCCUGUAACCGGUGCUUUUACUCUCACCAGUAAAAUGUUGAUAAUGAAAUUUCUAAAAACUGGAGACCAUGAAAUCAUACUAAUUUAGAAUGAAAGUUGUAACGAAAUCUGAGACAUUUUCAAAGACAACCCUAUUUGUUUUUAUUUAUUGAUUUGUGAGGAGAGAUUAAGAGAGAAUAUGGGUCUGCCAAGGCUUUUUGCCUCUACAAAUGAACUCUGAAUACAUGCACUACUUUGUGUACCUGGCUUUACAUGAGUAAAAAGGAAUUGAACUCAGGUCGACAGGCAAGUGCCUUUAACUUCUAAGCCACCUCUGUAGCCCCAAAGGCAACUCUAUUUAUAGACUCUAUCAGAUAGAACAGGCCUCUACUUUUAUGGACAUAUGAACCAACACACUUAUUCAGUAUCACACUUCUAACAGUUUUCUUUUUAUUUUUUGGUGUAAAAUUUAGAAUUUAAAAAUUAGAGAUGAACGUGAAACUUGGUAAGCAAUUUCUACCAUAUUCGGGGGUCCAUGAACUAUAGUAAAUAAACUUUCACAUGUCAUCCAUAGUAUUAAUAUUUGAUACUGUUCCAAGUAUAUAUACAUCAGUAAGAUAUACAGCCUCAGUUUUAGUUGUAUGAGAUAUUUUUCCUCAUUUGAAAUUUUCUGAGUUUUUAAUAUUUGUGGUUUAAUUUUUUGAGAAUGCCUAGGCAAUAGUUCAUUUUUGUCUAUUUUUAGCCAAAUAAUAAUGAAAGUCAGUGUUGUAAGUGUUCUUGUUGUUAAUCCAUCUACAAUGUUCCCAAUUUUUAAUAGGCCCAGAUAAACAGGGUGACUAAUCAAAUGGAUAAUUUAUGCCACAUAUAUUUUCAUGCACUGGGGAGUUCAUAGAUGUUCACAGAUAGAAAACUGUAAUAUGAAAAUGCCUCUCAAAAUAUACAAGUACAAGUAAACUAAAGUUAAGAUGUUAAAUCUAAAACACUCCAUUUUGGCUAUUAUAUAAUGUUAAUUCAAAAAUUAUAUUCAAAUAAUUCAAAAAUUCUCAGGUCAGUAGGCAUGCCAAAGUAAUUUCAAAGUGUUUCUAUCAAACUAUCUCAUUGUGUAUGCUGACAUCAGGCAAAUUCAAACUCCUAUGAGAAAAGCAGUCUUCCCUUGAAGCUUUGCAGAGACUAAAAGAAGGGUGGCAGUGUAAUUUUUCCAUUUGAAUUGACUUCUGGGUAUGAUGUUGGAGUGAGGACUGGAGGUAACCACUAGCUUGUCACUUACUAGGCAUAUUCAGAAUUAGACAAGAAUACAGAGAGUGGUAUUCCCCAGCCUUGGUGUGGAAGUAGGUCUCAAAAAGAAUAUUGUUUUUAAAUUUAAUUUUCAAAUAUAUUGUUAAUCCUUUUAAUUUAGAAAAUUGGUAAGCAUCUUGGUUGACCCCAGACCAAAUUAACAGUGAUAGUGUGUUAAACUCCAAAGUCCAUAUUACAAGGAAAAAUAUUUUAUAAUUAAAUUAGACAUUUUGUCAGUUUUAACCCUGGUAUACACAUAAUCCAACUUUAGAGACAUGUAUAUCCACUCACCUUGGGGAAGAAAAAUCAUGUUUUACUGCAUGAUAAGAAUGAAAGUCAUGGUGAACUGAAAAGUUUUGUUUUUUAAAUAAUUUUAUCUAUAAAAUGAAAAAAACUACAGUUUAUAAUGCAGAGCUGAAUUGAACUAAAGCUAUAAAUCAAACCAGCAAAUCUCCAUGUGUUAGGAAUUAAAAUGUGUUUUUAAUUUAUCAUGGAAAAGUUUAAAACUCUUAGUUCUUUGUCUAAUUGAUUAUGUGACUUAUCUUGUUCUGACUGCUGUUCCAACUGAACCACUAUCAUCUGACUGGACAAAGGUGAAGUAUUUCCUCAAAAUAUAUUUAAAUAAGAUUUUAAAACAUGAUUAGACUUUCUUUUGUCAUUGCUGUAGAUAGGCAUGUCUCUGGCCAGCCUAUAAGUUUACUUGAUGCCUCAGUUUCCUCACACACCAAAUUAAAUAGUGUACUUAUCCAACCUACCUCAUAAGCUUGUUGAAAAUAUUUAAAUAGUAGAUGUGAAAAUGCUUUCAGGAUACUUUUAAAUACCAUGGGAAAGAGUUAUUAUAAUAUUUAAGUCUAUGCUUUUUAUUGUUUGAAAUGAAAUAAGUAGCAGCAUUCAACUGAGUAUCUUCAGUGAUUCUAUAGGUCUUGGGCCUUCUGAGCAAUUGCCAUUUGCCUUACCAUCAUUUGCUUAUAAAAAUGAAUAACUGAGGGCUGGAGAGAUGGCAUAGCAGUACCCAUGUUCAACUCUCCAGGUCCCAUGUAAAUCAGAGGCACAAGGUGAUGCAAGUGCACAAGGUUGCAUGUGUGCACAAGAUGCUGCAUAUGUCUGGAGUUUAACUGCUGUGGCUGAAGGCCCUGACACACAAAUUAUCUCUCUCUCUCAUUCAUUUCCUCUUUCUGAUUAAAAUAAUAAUAAUAAUAAUAAUUUUUAGUAACUGAGCCCAUGGUACUUCAGGAAAAAUGGCCCAGUGAAUCUAAAAAAGAACUUCUGAUGGCAAAUGAGUUCAGCAUCUUGAUAUUAUCUUUGAUAAAGAACAAAACAACAUAUUUUGAUAGUUUUGCAGAACAACUUGAAUGGAUGAUUCAAAACUUUAUUUAAAUGUGAGUAUAAUUUUUUCAACUUGGAAAUGGAAAAAUAAACACUAAAUUGACUGUCAACAAAGCAUUCCCUUGGAAACCACCUAAGAGCAUUUGUGCUAUGGUUAUAUGUGCCAGAAGGCC